AUGCCUCACCAGACAACACUUACCACCCUCAAAACCGGCCUCUCCAAGCUUGCAAUGUUAAAAAGCUCUCAAGCUGCCGUACCGCCUAUAUUGAAAGGUCUACCUGCUAUGGCCAUCGUAGCGGGUGGUGUGAUUGCGCAAGUGACAAACGGCGAGAAUUUUAUUGAGCGGCAAAUAUUAGGCAAACCUUCAAAUGACGAGUGUAUCGCUUUACCAGAGCCUACAAAGAAGAAAACAAAACCUAUCAGAGACUAG